UGCAGCCGGACUCGGAGCCCGGGGCGGCGAUCGGCGAGGAGGCGGCGGGGGUCUGGGUGCGCUCCGGGGGCGCGGCGAGGCCGAGGGGGCGGGCGCCGGGCGGAGCCGCAGCCGCAGCCGGGGCGCCUGGAGGCGGUCGGGCCGGUCCCUCCGCGCACAGAGCGGUGCCGAGACCGCGCGGCGGGGAUCUGGGCCGGAGCUCAGGCCCCGGGCCGAGCGAGCCCGAGAGCAGUCGCGACCCGAGUCGCCGGAGCCACGCCGAGGCCGGGCGGGCGCGGGCCAUGCGCGCAGCGCGCUGAGAGCGCGGGAGGCCGCGAUGGAGGCGCCGGCGGUGGAGCCCCCGACGCGGGGCUGCGGCCCCCCGCCCGCGCCAACCCCGGAGAGGAAGAAGAGCCACCGCGCGCCGUCGCCGGCCCGGCCUAAGGACGUGGCCGGCUGGUCGCUGGCCAAGGGCCGCCGCGGCCCAGGCCCGGGCGCCGUUGCCGCCUGUGGCGCCGCGUCCUCAGCGCGGCCGGACAAGAAGGGGCGCGCGGUGGCUCCCGGGGUGCGGGGUGCGGGGACGCGAGUUGCCGGGGUCCGCACCGGGGUCCGCGCCAAGGGCCGUCCGCGCCCCGGUGCGGGCCCGCGCCCGCCGCCGCCUCCGCCCAGCCUCACCGACAGCAGCUCGGAAGUGUCGGACUGCGCGUCGGAGGAGGCGCGCCUGCUGGGCCUGGAGCUGGCGCUGAGCAGCGACGCCGAGUCGGCGGCAGGGGCCCCGGCGGGGACCCGCACCGGGCAGCCGCCUCAGCCUGCGCCGGCCACGCAACAACCUCCACGGCCGCCAGCCUCCCCCGAGGAGCCGUCGGUGGCCGCGUCGUCGGUGGGCAGCAGCCGCCUGCCGCUCAGUGCCUCGCUCGCCUUCUCCGACCUCACCGAGGAGAUGCUGGACUGCGGGCCCGGCAGCUUCAUGCGCGAGCUGGAGGAGCUGCGCUCCGAGAACGACUAUCUCAAGGAUGAGAUUGAGGAGCUUCGGGCUGAGAUGCUAGAGAUGAGGGAUGUCUACAUGGAGGAGGAUGUGUACCAGUUGCAGGAGCUGCGGCAGCAACUGGACCAGGCCAGCAAGACCUGCCGUAUUCUACAGUACCGGCUUCGCAAAGCUGAGCGCCGCAGCCUCCGUGCUGCCCAGACUGGCCAGGUGGAUGGCGAGCUCAUCCGUGGUCUGGAGCAGGAUGUCAAGGUCUCCAAGGACAUCUCCAUGCGGCUGCACAAGGAGCUCGAGGUGGUGGAGAAGAAGCGGGCACGACUAGAAGAAGAGAACGAGGAGCUUCGGCAGCGGCUCAUCGAGACCGAGCUGGCCAAGCAGGUGCUGCAGACAGAGCUAGAACGGCCGAGAGAGCAUUCCUUGAAGAAAAGAGGAACCCGCUCCUUGGGGAAGACAGACAAGAAACCUUCUGCGCAGGAGGACAGCGCAGACCUGAAGUGCCAGCUGCAUUUUGCAAAGGAAGAGUCAGCUCUCAUGUGCAAGAAGCUCACCAAGCUGGCCAAGGAAAAUGACAGCAUGAAGGAGGACCUGCUCAGGUACCGCUCACUCUACGGUGACCUGGAUGCUGCCCUGUCGGCUGAAGAGCUGGCAGAUGCCCCACACUCUCGGGAGACUGAGCUGAAGGUGCACCUGAAGCUAGUGGAGGAGGAGGCCAACUUGCUGAGCCGCCGCAUCGUGGAGUUGGAGGUGGAGAACCGGGGCCUGAGGGCCGAGAUGGAUGACAUGAAGGACCACAGCAGUGGCUGUGGGGGUCCUGAGGCCCGGCUGGCUUUCUCUGUACUGGGGGGCAGCGAGUGUGGGGAGAGCCUGGCGGAACUGCGGAGACACCUGCAGUUUGUGGAGGAGGAGGCGGAGUUGCUGAGACGCUCCUCCGCUGAGCUUGAGGACCAGAACAAGCUGUUGCUGAACGAGCUGGCCAAGUACCGCUCUGAGCAUGAACUGGACGUGACACUAUCAGAGGACAGCUGCUCAGUACUCAGUGAGCCCUCACAGGAGGAGUUGGCAGCAGCCAAGCUGCAGAUCGGUGAGCUUAGUGGGAAGGUCAAGAAGCUGCAGUAUGAGAAUCGUGUGCUGCUCUCCAACCUCCAGCGCUGUGAUCUUGCCUCCUGCCACAGCACGCGCCCCAUGCUGGAGACAGACGCUGAGGCUGGGGACUCUGCCCAGUGUGUGCCUGCCCCCCUUGGUGAAGCCCAUGAGCCCCACUCGGCCCGGCUCUGUAGGGCCCGGGAUGCUGAAGUACUGCCAGGCCUGAGGGAGCAGGCCAUCCUGGUCAGUAAGGCCAUCGAUGUCCUUGUGGCUGAUGCCAAUGGCUUCUCGGCAGGCCUUCGACUCUGUCUGGACAAAGAGUGUGCUGAUUUCCGGUUGCAUGAGGCGCCUGACAACAGUGAGGGCCCCAGAGACACCAAGCUCAUCCAUGCCAUCUUGGUGCGGCUCAGAGUGCUCCAGCAGGAGUUGAAUACCUUUACCCGGAAAGCAGACUCGGUCCUUGGGAGCUCCGGCAAGGAGCAGCCAGAACCCUUCCCACCGCUGCCUGCCUUGGGCUCCCAGGGGGCUUCAAAGGAGAUCAUUCUGGCCAAAGACCUUGGCUCAGACUUCCAGCCACCUGACUUCAGGGACCUGCCAGAAUGGGAGCCCAGAAUUCGAGAGGCCUUCCGCACUGGUGACUUGGACUCUAAGGCUGACUCCAGUUGGAGCUUCAGGCCUUACCGAGCCGAAGACAAUGAUUCCUAUGCUUCUGAGAUCAAAGAGCUGCAACUGGUGCUGGCCGAGGCCCAUGACAGCCUCCGGGGCUUGCAGGAGCAGCUCUCCCAGGAGCGGCAGCUGCGGAAGGAGGAGACCGACAGCUUCAACCAGAAAAUGGUCCAGCUGAAGGAGGACCAGCAGAGGGCACUGCUGAGGCGGGAGUUUGAGCUGCAGAGUCUGAGCCUGCAGCGGAGGCUGGAGCAGAAGUUCUGGAGCCAGGAGAAGAACAUUCUGGUACAGGAGUCCCAGCAGUUCAAGCACAAUUUUCUGCUGCUCUUCAUGAAGCUCAGGUGGUUCCUCAAGCGUUGGCGACAGGGCAAGGUUUUGCCCAACGAGGGAGAUGACUUCCUGGAGGUAAACAGCAUGAAGGAGCUGUACCUACUGAUGGAGGAAGAGGAACUGAAUGCCCAGCACUCUGACAACAAGUCUUGCACAGGGGACAGCUGGACUCAAAACACACCCAAUGAGUACGUCAAGACGCUGGCCGACAUGAAGGUGACGCUGAAGGAGCUGUGCCGGCUGCUGCAUGAGGAGCGCCGGGGGCUAACUGAGCUGCAGCAGCAGUUCGCCAAGGCCAAGGCCGCAUGGGAGACGGAGCGGGCAGAGCUCAAGAGCCACAGCACCCAGAUGGAGCUGAAGGCUGGAAAGGGGACUGGAGAGCGGGCAGGGCCUGACUGGAAGGCAGCCCUCCAGAGGGAGCGCGAGGAGCAGCAGCACCUCCUGGCUGAGUCCUACAGUGCAGUCAUGGAACUGACGCGACAGCUGCAGAUCAGCGAGCGCAACUGGAGCCAGGAGAAGCUGCAGCUGGUGGAGCGGCUGCAGGGGGAGAAGCAGCAGGCAGAGCAGCAGGUGAAGGAGCUGCAAAACCGCCUAAGCCAGCUGCAGAAGGCUGCUGAUCCCUGGGUCCUGAAACACUCAGACCUGGAGAAGCAGGACAACAGCUGGAAAGAGACAAGAAAUGAGAAGAUCCAUGACAAGGAAGCUGUUUCUGAAGCUGAGCUUGGGGGAACCAGUUUAAAGAGGACCAAAUCUGUCUCCUCUAUGUCUGAGUUUGAAAGUUUGCUUGACUGCUCCCCCUACCUUGCUGGUGGAGAUGCCCGAGGCAAGAAGCUACCAAGCAACCCUGGCUUUACCUUUGUGAAUCCUGAGCAAGUGGAUCCAGAGAAAGAAGCCAAGGAAAAGCCCGGGCUCUCCCCACAGGACUGCAACCCGUUGGGCACCCUGGGCUGUCAGGACCCCGCUGGGAAGCAGAUGCAGCGUAGCUACACAGCCCCAGACAAGACAGGCAUCCGAGUCUACUACAGCCCUCCGGUGGCGCGGCGCCUGGGUGUGCCUGUGGUCCAUGACAAGGAGGGCAAGAUCCUCAUUGAGCCUGGCUUCCUCUUCACCACGGCCAAGCCCAAAGAGUCAGCCGAGGCUGAUGGACUGGCUGACAGCUCCUAUGGCCGCUGGCUCUGCAACUUCUCCCGGCAGCGCCUGGAUGGGAGUUCUGGGGGCAGUGCCACGGCACCUGGGUCUGCCUUCCCCCCGGCCCUGCAUGACUUUGAGAUGUCAGGCAACAUGAGUGAUGACAUGAAGGAGAUCACCAACUGUGUGCGGCAGGCCAUGCGCUCUGGCUCCCUGGAGAGGAAAGUGAAGAACACAUCCAGCCAGACGGUGGGCCUGGCCAGUGUGGGUACGCAGACCAUCCAAACGGUCAGCGUAGGCCUGCAGACUGACCCACCACGCAGCAGCCUCCAUGGCAAGAGCUGGUCACCCCGCAGUUCUUCCCUGGUGUCGGUGCGUAGCAAGCAGAUCUCCUCCUCCCUGGACAAGGUCCACUCGCGCAUCGAGCGGCCAUGUUGCUCACCCAAGUAUGGCUCACCUAAGCUCCAGAGGCGGUCUGUGUCCAAGUUGGACAGCACCAAGGACCGCAGCCUGUGGAACCUGCACCAGGGCAAGCAGAACGGCUCAGCCUGGGCCCGCUCCACCACCACGCGGGACAGCCCCGUGCUGCGGAACAUCAACGAUGGGCUGUCCAGCCUCUUCAGCGUGGUGGAGCACUCAGGGAGCACGGAGUCUGUCUGGAAACUGGGCAUGUCCGAGGCCCGUGCCAAGCCGGAGCCUCCCAAGUAUGGCCUUGUGCAGGAGUUCUUUCGAAAUGUGUGUGGCCGGGCACCAAGCCCCACCUCGGCAGUAGGAGAUGAGAACUCCAAGAAGCCAGAUCCCCUCUCCCCAGCCAGCUACCAUCAGCCAGAGGGCAUGCCCAGGGUCCUGAACAAGAAAGCAGCCAAGGCAGGCAGUGGCGAGGAGGCCAGGGCCACCAUGCUCCCUCAGGUGGGGAAGGAUGGUGUUCCGCGGGAUGCAGACGGAGCCUUGGUCCUUCCCAGUGAGGAUGCUGUCUGUGACUGUAACACGCAGUCUCUUACCUGCUUCGCCCGACCAUCGCGCUCUGCCAUCCGCCACUCUCCUUCCAAGUGCAGGCUGCACCCUUCUGAGUCUGGCUGGGGAGGGGAGGAGAGGGCAGUCCCCCCCAGCGAGUGACAGAAUACUUGAGCCUCCUCCUCAACCUGCCAAGUCCCUGGAUGGCAGGAGGGAACAGUGGAGAGGUGAGGGGCCGUGCUCUCAACAACGCAGCUCCCUGGAGGGACAGCAGCUGUGCCACUGCCAGCAAAGAGCUUUUGUAUCAAGGUAAAGCAGGGUCUUGUGCUGACCCCUGGGUGGUGAUCUCUGACUUCCCAGGUGAAGACGGUGAGUGGGAGAAAGACCGCAGCUGGCCUUGGAAACUUCGACAGAGAGCUCAUCAGGACUGAUGUCUGGGUCCUAGAGGAGACCUCUGUCUGCUUCCACCCUCACCUUCUUCUUGGAAGAGCCCAUGAAGGGAUACACUUUCAGCCAUGCCUGUGGGGGGAAGCAGCUUACAGAGAUGGUCCCAACUGACUGCACCCCUCCCCUGGAAAGAUGUCACUGAGAAGAACGGGCUUUGCCUUUGGCCCCAACUUGGUGUUCUUGGCAGAGCAGGGCUGGGCAUCACCACCAUAGCCUCCACCACUGGGACUCUCAGGGGGUAUGAGAGGGCAGUAGUCAGAGCCAAGUAUCUCUUGGAACCCUGGAGCCCUGGAUCUCCCUGCCUGCACCUGUAUGCAGCCCAAUCUUGGAGACAAGGUGGGAUCUGUAGGGAAUUGCCUCCCUUGCCAAGUGACUUAGGGAAACAACCUUCCCGGGAGACUCGGUGAAGCCAGCAAUAGGUAGGCUCAAUCUGAAGACGUGGUGCAGAUAAAAGCUUAUACGCCCAUGCCUUGAUUUUGGGGGCCUCUUUCCCUGGUGCCCUGAAGGGGCACUGCAUCUCCACUGUGUUUACAUCCUGCAGCUGGUGGAGAGCAGGGAUACUCCCAGUACAAGACUCCCAGUUGGUCAGAUCAGGCUACAAACGCCAAGAAGUCAGCGUCCCAGGACACAGUAGCAGACUGGGGCAUAGAAACACAUGUCUUACCUAGAUUGUUUAUUUGAAGUUUUCGUACUAUAAAUAUUUAAGGUGGUUUAUUUUAAUAAUUUAAUUUACCCAAAAGCCCAUAAGGUAAUUUAUUGGAAGUUAAAACAUGAAUUCUUGCCACCCGGACAGUGUGGGGUUUUUAGUUUCGUGGACAUGUAUGAGAUCCCCCCAUGUGGAUAAAGCAGCUCAGCCAUCCAGCUCUGGUCUGCUGGCCAGCUGGGGGAGCCCUUCUCACCCACUGACCAUUCAGCCUCAGCGUACUCCUUUCACUCAAUACCUGGUACUUGCCUGGCCUCCAGAGGUCUAUGUAAAUGUGCUUGACAGGGUGGCUGGCUGGACUGACGUCCCUACUCCCCAAACUCCUCCAUUUUCCUUCUCAUUUGCCGCUCCUCUGACACCUUUCUUAAUGACUCAAACACAGAUUACCACGGCUCCAUCAAGAGCAUGCAAAUCCUUCCAAGUUCCCCAAGUGAGAACGUGCAGGAUAGCAGGAUGAACUUCGAGAAUGUUGUUUAUUGCAGCUUUGCACACGGAUCUGAGCGUGUCUGCCUGCCCACCAGCCUCUUCACCAGCCUGUCUCCUUAGCCUUAUAGCCCACGGCUCUUCUUCCAGCUCCAGCUCCAUUGCCCGCCCUUUCCCACACCUGUGGGGACCACCAGUGCUGUCAGAUGGAUUGAAGUGUGGCUCACUGCAGUGCGGUGAGGAAGGCCUCACAUCCUCCCCUGUAGUGCCAGUGAACCUGUUUUGGUUGCACAUGUGUCCAUCUCCCCUCUGCCAACACACAGAUAUUAUGUGUUACCACUGCUGCCACUCCUGGGGACCAGUAGUCACAUCCCAGGACAGAUAGGCUUGUCUGCAGAGUUCCCCAUCAGAAAGGCUGCAAGCCAGCAGCAUUGCUAGUGUGUCCCCAGAAGAUGACUUGCACUCCCAGCUCCCAGCUCCCAGUACACCCUCUCUGGGGCACCUGGACAAUACCCAGAGUCCUUUGUCCUCAUUCCCUAUGGGAAGUACAUCAGUCCUGCCAGCUGCUCCCUCAUACCCUAGUGACUUGUGUGGGUAGAGUGGAGCUGUGGGCCAGUACCCCUCCACGACGCUGCCACCCAACCCGAGAAGUCAGGGGUCCCCUCCACAUCUGUCUCCAGGUGAGGGGAUUCACACCAGGCCACAAACCACAAGAGGCCUUCUGCCACCUCCCAGAGCUGCAGAAGGCCAGGGAGGCUGCACUCUCAGCCUUGGGGAAAAUUCCCUAUGAGAUCCAAACCCAGAGGCCUAUGGGCCACUCAGCCUUACCAUCGUCUUCAUCCGAGAUCGUUAUGCCAUCUUUGUCGUCACAGCAUCUGGCCCCAAUGGGUAUUGGAGAGUCCAGGUCUUGGUUUUCAGUGAAGUACCAGUUUUUCCUCCUUGCAUGCUACUGUGCAAGGCUUCUUGUCACUGUUCCUGUAGAAGCCUCUGGAUGUGGGGCUUGAUGGGGUUUUCAAAAUGUUCUAUGUAAAUAUUGGUUUGGUUUCAUUUUUUAGCAUUUUACUUGGUAACUGGUUGUUUUAUUUCUUGGGGUGGGAGGGUUGGUUUGUAAAAACUCUCUACUCUUUUGGAAUGUGAUUUCUAAGUUUGUUUUCUCAAAUGCCUUUUACAUCUUGGUAACAUUCCCAAAGCAGAAACUGCCUGACCCACAGUGCGGACUCCUCUAGAGGAUUGGGGGGUCCCGACACGGAAUGCUGCCCUUCUUCCCCUUCCUACUCUUCUCUACCUUUUUAUUCCAACACUUUCUACCUUCUCUCCUAAUCUUCCUCUGUUUGUCCCAUCUCUCUCUUCAACCAAAGUCCCAAGGAACCCUGGGGUCCCUGUGCCCUACAGACUGCCUGGCUUGGGUCCAUGUGUUGGCAUUAGUUGGUUGGGGGAAAAGAGGAACAACCUGCAUGCUUAACCCCACACUAAAUGAUUUUACAUUUUUUAAAGUCUGACCUCUUCCUAGUGCCAAAUGAAACCCUCCUGGGUGCAGUGGUGACUGUAUUUGAAAUGAAAAUCAACUUCAGUGCAUCAGUGACUCUAAGGCCUAGACGCACAAAGCAUCAGAAUCCAAUUCUGUCCCCUGCCCAUUUCCCCCUUUCUCCUGGUCCUUUUGCCAACAAAGGCAGACCUGCAAGAGGUCCUGUGCUUUAGAAACUCAAAAUGGACCCCAUCCCUUGGCCUCCCUUGGGAUGUGUUCUACCCUUGGUCUCCAGGUCACCAAGCUGAGGGCUCAAAGACUUGACCCUAAUCUUGUACGUCGAUGCCGAUCCAAUACAGCUCCAUUCUACAGCUCCAUUCCUACACACCUUUCAUGGAUUUAUCCUCUGGCUUCUCCUCUUGCUCAUGUAACAUCCAGACUUUUCCUCCCUCGCUCCACCCAUCCCUUCACCCAUGGUGUUCCGCCCUCCAUCUUUGUCAGUCCCCAAAUUCCCACUACCUCUUCUUUAAUAAUUAUAAUAAUGGGGGUUGGGGAUUUAGCUCAGCGGCAUAAGCGCCUGCCUUGCAAGCAGGCAGUCAUGAGUUUGAUCCCUGGUACUGAUAAAAACAAAAAAGACAAAAAAAAAAUAAUUAUAAUAAUGAGAGCUGGGCGUGGUGGCUCAUGCCUGUAAUCCCGGCACUCGGGAGGCUGAGGCAGGAGCAUUGUUGGGAGUUCGAGACCAGCCUGGGCCACAAAGUGAGCUCAAGACCAGCCUGAACUGCAUAGUGAGACCCUGUCUCAAAAAGGCAAAAAAAAAAAAAAAAAUUAUAAUCAUGAUAAUAAUCCCCUUUCCAUGGGCUGGGGAUAUAGCUCAGCAGCACAGCGUUUGCUUGGCAAGUGCAAGGUCAUGGUUUGAUUCCUGGUACCAAAAAAGCCCGUCAAUACAUCCUGCCCCAAGCACUUUACUAUUUAGAGAUCACUUCCCCAUCUCCCCUCCCUUCACAUCUCCCAAGGACAAUUCUAGGAAGCAACCUUGGUGGGACAGGGCCAUUCUGUCCAUUCUUCCAUUCUGUCUCCAGGACCUCUGCACUGAGCUACAUCGCCAUGCCUUUUUCGUUUUUUAUUUUGAGACAGUCAUUUAGUUGCCCAGACUGGGCUUAAACUUGUGAUUCUCCUGCCUCAGCUCCCAGAGUGCUGGGAUCACAGGUAUGCACCACCACACUAGGCUGUGCAUUGCUAUCUCCUUAAACAGAGCCCUGUGUCCCUCAACCAAGCUUGGUUUUGAUCUAAGAAUUUCCAGGAAUCAUCAAAGGCAAUUUGCAAUUUAGUCAUCAUGUUUAAUAAUACAAGAAGUAGAAAACAACAAAAAGCAAGGUGAUGAUGAUAAUGAUUCAAAUCUACCUAAUUUAAUUCCAAUAGUUGUGCAAUUAAAUUCGACUCUUUUUUUUUUUUUUUUUUUUUUUUUGAUACCACGGAUCAAACUCACAACCUAGUGCUUGCCAGGUGAGCGCUUAUGCCACUGAGCUAAAUCCCUGGCCCUAAAUUUCACUGUUAACUGGACAAGCUAACUACUCAGGAGGCUGAGGCAGCAAGAUCACAAAAUUGAACCCAGCUUGGGCAAUUUAGUGAGACCUUGCCUCAAAAAAAUAAGAAAGGCUAGGGAUAUAGCUCAGUGGUAGAGGACUCCUGGGUUUAAUCUACAGUAUUAAAAACAAUUUUUGCUUUCCCCUUUUGUUUCCUAGUAGCCAGGUGGGUGAGGGAUUGGGAUUUUAUAACUUUCAUUAUCCAAUCAUGGGAAGUGGAAUGCUAUAUCUUUUUUUUGAAUCAUGACCAUGCAUUUGCGAGAUAGGCACUUACGCCGUCGCCGCUGAGCUAAAUCCCCAGACCAUGCUAUAGCUUUUUUCUUGUGUUUCCAGCUUUGGGGGUGGGGAGUAUCAAGAAUUGAAACCAGGCCUUCACACUGAGCUCUAUCACAAUCUUUUUUUAUUUUGCUAAAUUACCCAGUUUUUAGCAGUCUUCCUGUCUUAGCCUCCCAGAGUAUCAAGAUUACAGGUACAUGCCAGCAUGCCCUGCCCUGCCUGCCUCCUCUUAGCUGGUUCCUGCCAGCAGAUGGGCCAUCCUCUUGUGGGCCCCAGGCUUAGUGUAGGAGCGAGCCUCAGCCCUCCCACGGCAGCCUCCCCCUAGCACUGCCCCUCCUGUGAAUUUUCCUACACCAGCAACAUGUCCCUCCCUCCCACACUCACAUUCAGGGAACUGUCCCUGGUUUGUGGCAUCCUGGCUUCCCCGUGUAUUUAUUUUGUGUUUUCUCAACCAGAGGGGUCCAUUUCUUGGAUGUAUCAGGCAACCCAGCCUUGCCAGUCCUUCCCAUCUGGUUCACACCUCUCUAGUACCUUCCAGUGCUGAAAGACCUCCCUCAGUCCCACCCUUGAGCCAUGUCCUCUUUUCUAUCCCACAGCCUCCAAAUAGCGGCCCUAGCACCUCCCACUGGGGAGAGUUUGGUGGACUUAAAUUUAGAUUCAGCCUCCUCUGUCUUCCCCAGCCCUGCAAAGCAGGGGCAGCCUGACAUGGAUUCUCUGGUCACUUGUCCCACCCUCUGAGCAUCAUUUCUGUCUUCCUCAGACCUCACCUUCCAACCCAACAAAACUUGUAAUUUGCAUAAUCCUGAACCCAGCAUCCACAGGGAUGGAAGACAGUUCUGGGCCUGAAUCCCUCCUCAGGUCUCCUCUACCACAUGUCCUGCCCACUCCAUCCUCACCCUCCAGAGACCCUUCUCUUCCCCUCAUCAAUCCCACUGGUCCUGCUUCUCUCCCUUCUCACCCUGCACCAGCUCUCUGGACACCAGGCCCCAACCGAAGGGGCUUUGAUUUCCUCUGAAUGUCCUCGAUGGGCUAGGCAGUCAGGGACAGACUGACUACCUUGUCACACUCCAUUCUGAAGCCACUCCUGGGAAAAGCGACCUCAACCAGCAGUCUGGCCCUAUUCUUGGCUGACCUCAUCUCUGGCUCCCCCAGUUUUAUGUUCCUCUGAGGCGUACCAGGAUGACCCUUUGGGCCCCAGAGCACCCCUCAUGUUUUGGGGUCCUACAGUCCCAUCUUUUCUCUACUAGGCCCUGGUAUCCUGGUUCUUCUCUCAGCUGUGCCACUGUUCUCUGUGCCUUAGUUUACUUCUCCGCACAGGGGGGCGCUCACAAGACCGUUCCCAGUAGCUUUUUAGAUCCUUUGGUGCCUAUAAGGCUGGUUAUUACCAGCAUGGCUCUGGCUAGUUGAACCAGUUGCUGAGGAUGAGGAUGAGGUGACUUAGGGACACCAUCCAGACCAGUAGUUUUCAGAUUGUGUCCCAGCAGCAGAAGCAGGGAACCUGACAGAAGUACAAAUACCAGCCCCACCUAAGACCCACUGGAUUAGAACUUCUGGAGCAGGGCCCAGCAAGCUAGGGUUUGAAGGAGCCCUCCGGGUCACUCUGAUAUACACAGUUUUGCCAGCUGGAUACCUCCCAGGGUACCCUUGGGAGGGGCCAGGGCUGGGUCAAGCCAAGAACAGUGGAAAACACUUCAUCUGGACUUGAGAGAUUGCAGACCCCUCCCAAACAAAACAGCGUCUCAUGUCUCAUCGUCCUGGAUGCCAGAGAGCACCGGUUUCCCUUUUUUGCCCCCUGGUUGAGUUCCAGCUCCACUCAGCUUUCCUGCCUGUCCGGGUUUCCCGCAAGGCUGUGUGGGUGUUGGCAGCAGGUAAGGGUGGGAGUCCUGGGGAGGCAGAGCACCCUGUUUAUCCCCGGGGAACCUCAAGAACCCUAAAUCUUCUUGUGCUCCCUUUCCUUUUCCUUUCCUUCCUCUUCCUUCUCCCUAGCCCAGGGAGAACUUGUAGACAGUGCCAAAAGACAGCUGCAGCGCCCAGCUCUGGGGAAGAGAGCCAGACGCCCCUCCCGCCUUCCCCCUCCCUUCUUCACCACCCAGCCCCUCCCGCCAAUACUGUGAAGGCCCCUUCCUGCCCAGCCUGGUCUCCUGGUGAAGGUCCUGUAGUCAUGGGCCUGGGGGACCCCAGGGAAAGGCCCUUGGGAGGAAAGGGACCAAAGGCAUCCUUGGGCCAACUGUCCCCUCUUCUUUAUACCACUUGCUCCUCCUCACUUCUGUCUUCAAAAGGCUCCUUCCCAGGAUGGAUUGGGUGCUAGGACUACUGCAGUCCAAUCCACCAGCUCUCUCUGCCCGUGUCUUAUCUUGACAUGAGAAUAACUGUACAGUGUAAACCUACAAAGCGUUUUUAAUGGUUGUAGAUUGGAAAUAAAGUAUGUCAUAUGAACAGUU